AUGGACGAGCUGUACCUGGAUAACAUCGACGAAUAUGUCAACGACCAUAACAAGAUAGUGAGUUUAAUCUUUGAAACCAUUAUUGUCUCAACAAAAGCGGUAUUUAGUGUGGAAAUGCUCAAUAAUGAGUUAGCCGUUGAACUGCGUUUAAAAAUCUACAUGUUUAAUAUCUGCUGUCGGAAAAAGUGAUAUUUGCUCUUAUCAAAUUAGACGAUUUGUACGUUUUUAUUCUCUAUUUUAGUUUCUGGAUAAUUCGGCUAAAAAUGAUAUCAGGAAUGUCCUUUAAAAUUAAGAAAAAAACAUUUUUAUAGCUGAGUGUUUUCAGUAGCAGGUGGUGAGUUCAUCGUUUUUCAGAAGACAAGAGAAGAGGAAUUAAAACGACUAACUACAGCAGAUUAAAUGUUAUAUUUAUCAGUAUGAGGUUUGGUACAGGUGUGAAAAACAAAACAGGAUAAAGAAAACAAUAUAACAUCAGUGUAACGUCGAUUAAUCAAACUGUCCUGUAAUAAUCUGUCCUGUAAUAGUCUGCAGUUUAAGACAAACGUUAAAUUCUCCUGGUUUCUUCUGCUUUUGUCUGAUUGUGUCUCUGUCUCACAGGUCACCUAUAAAUGGUUGAGUCUAACUCUGGGGGUCCAUGUGAACACAGCCAAACAGUGAGUCUUUAUCCAGAUCUACAACAAAACUAUGAAGGAAUAAGAUCAAGUCAUGAUGAAGAAAAGUCACUUCAUGAGGAUUUAUCGUCAUGUUUAACAGUACCUGUCCCUCUGGGGUCCAGUGCGGACGUUUUGAUCUCUGUGUCAAAUCAAAUUUUAUUUAUAUAGCGACAACUCACAACAGUUGUUAUCCCAAGACGCUUUCCAAAGAACAAGAGCAGGUCUAGACCACGCUCAUUGUUUGAUGAAUUAUCAAGAACCAACCUAAGAUGGGAUAUAACUCAUCUCAUCUAACAUGAGUGACAGUGGCGAGGAAAGAAAGACUUCCUUUAACAGGCAGAAACUUUGGAGAGGACCAGACUCAUGUUAGACAGCCACCAGGUCGCUGCUGGGUUGGGGAGGAAUACAGAGAGAGAGAGAGACAGAACAAGAUAGAAGGAAGGAGAGAGAGAAUAGGUAACAACAACAACAAUAGCUCAUGUAAUGGUGAGACAGAUUAAAUUCAGUUUACAGGGUUAGGAUAGGAGUGAUUAUGGACAAUGUUGAAUUAAUGUGAUUACAGUCAGCAGGCCUAAUAGUAGUUAACUCUAGUUUGAUGUUAUUAAUGUCAGUGAGGCUGACAAGGACGUCUCAGUGAGGACUUGGAAUCCUCUGGAGAUUCACUUUUUGUCAUUUUUUAAAAUAAACAAAGAGCUUGAUUGUUGUGAAAUUUGUUGCUUGAUUUUGUCUUGUGUCACUUCUGUAAUGAAUCUGAACACCAUAACACCACAUCUGUUUUUUAACUGUCUGUCUUGGUUUCAGGAUGCUCUACCAUUAUCUGGAUCACAAGAGGAAGGAGAGUUCAGCUCAGCUUCACGCCACCUAUCUGGUGUCGGGGAAGUUUGUUGAUAAUGGGCAAGCGGUGAGAAAACACAACAAGUCUUUUUUGGAUGUUCACUGAAUUCUGUACAUGAAUCUCUAUUUUUACUCAUCUAUGUUGUCACCGUGCUGUUUUUUCAGAGUCACAAAGUAUCUGUGGUCAGAGAGGAGCAGCUGGAAGGUGUGUAAAUAUAUCUGAAAGUGUUUGUUGUAUUUUUAUGUUUUAAAGACAGCGUUUAACUUGAAGUGUAUUUCUGCAGAUUUCAAAGCAAAGAUGAGUCUGAUCGUCAGCGUCCACGUCUACAGCGUACAGAAGGCCUUGUUGAAAGACAGCGGUCCGCUCUACAGCGUCGACUAUGACGCUGUGAAAGACAAUCUGAGGAACUGCAGCAAGUAAGUUCAUCUUAUUCACCCACAGCUUAUCAUUUUUAAUGUAUCUGAACCCAAACCAAAGAGUCACUACUUUAGUUUUAGUUCCAGGUCGCCUCUGAAUCUCUGGUCUCUGCAGGUUCAGUGCGAUCUCCUGUCCCAGUGCGGUCCCCAUGUCGUCUGUGGAGCUGCAGCAGGCCAGAGAGAUCCAGCGGGCCUCUGCACCAGAACCUGAACACAAGAAACCGGGCAUGAAUGGAAAUGUGGUUAACGGGACCUCGAAACCUCCCGCCAAGCCGCAGAAAGGCAUCAUGGGAAUGUUUGCAAGUAAACCAGCUCCAAAGAACCAAGACAGCAGCAAAGACGGGAAAUCAGAGCAGAAGGAAGACGCACCUGUGGUGGGUUUAUUAUCUUUGUAUUAGUGUGAUGGACUUCAUUAUACACAGAAAUAAAUAAAGACCCCUCCUUUAGAGUUCAGAAUCAAUCUUUCUAAAGAUAAAAGUUAUUUAUAAAACAUUUAAGCUCUGAAAAGACCUCCUAACAACCAGGGUCGACCACGCCUCCUCACUGAGAUAAAAAAGAUUUUGAGUGAUUUUUAGAUUUUGUUUUUUUUUCUCUCUUCUUAAAUUUUCAUUUCCAGGUCGAUGUUCCCAAAAGUAAACCAGCUGCUAAAGUCAAUCCAAUGAUGAACUUCUUUGGGAAUCAAACAAGUGAGUCGUUCCUCCUGUGAUUAUUUCAGUGUUUUUAAAUUGUGUGUGAAUGUUUUAUUAUAUUGAUUUUUAACCUAUUAUAACGCAGUAAUUAUCAAUAAAUCCAGAUAGUCUACGUUAGAAAUAAAAGAGUUAACUAUCUUCCUCUUAUUUAUCAUAAAACAGCAAAGUUUGAUCUCAUACAUACAGUAAAAACACGAGCUCUGCAGUUUUAACAUGAAGUUAAACAUCGACAUAGAACAAACGUUCACCAUCAUCAUGUUUUGGUCCUUUUCAAGCAUUCAGACAAGAACCUGGAGUCAUUAAAGUUCUUCUAAUCUAUAAACGUCUUUAGAGAAACCAGAGAAACCAGUGAAGGAGGAGAAAGAGGAAGCAGCUCAGUCUUCAACCACAGCGGCAGUGGAGGAGCGGCAGCAACAUCAGAGUUCACAGAGCCAGAAGAGACAAGAAGCUGCCGCAGUGGAGCAACCUAAGGUCUCCAAGAAGGACUCUGGGAGGUGUGUGUGUCUGUGUGUGUGUGUGUGUGUGUGUGUGUGUGUGUGUGUGUGUGUGUGUGUGUGUGUGUUUGAUUAUAACACUUAAAAGUCUGUACUGUGUGUGAACAUGCACAGGUGUUUUUCUGCAGCCUCGAUCAGCUGAUGUUUCCCGUGUUGACAGACGUCUGCUCUUUAGAAAAUCACGUGUCUCUGAUUUCUGUAUCUGAUGCUCAUGUGUUUGUUUUCUGUCUGUCUAAUGCUGCCAAGCUAAUUCUGCAGACUGUUGAUUCAGAGCGGACACUUUUAUGAGGUAGAAGUCACCUGAUGGCCGAACUCAGACACGAGCAGAAGUACAAAAGUGCUGCAAAGGCCGAAACGACCUCAUGAACAGCAGACGCCCUGUAUGUGCACAAGGGAUGAAAAAGCAUGAAGGCACAACACUAAACACAAAAAGUCUCAUUUGCAGCUUCGGCUUUUCUUUCAUAUCGUCAGCAGUCGUAGGAAUUUGAAUUUGAAUUUCCCUGAAUUUUCCUUCAUGAUAAAUAAAGUUCUUCUUAUCUUAAUAGCUGUGAUAUAAAUUCAUACAGAAGUCUUUUUCUUUCUCUCCCUUGUGAAAGUAAAACCAAACGAAUCGAGGACUCUGACAGCGAGGAGGAACAAAUGGAGAAGAAAAAGAGGCGAAGGAUCAGGAAGCCAGAACCAGACAGCAGCGAUGAAGAUGGUGAGUGACCGACUGUCACUUUGAUUUCCCUUCAGGAUGUUUGAGCUGAAACUUUAACAAAAAAAAGGAAAAACGUUGGACUGAAAACCUGAAACAAAAGAUUUUCACCGAUACUGACAUGAAGCUGAAAACAUCUGUUAAACUUUAGAGGAACAUGAUUCAGCUGAUCUUUGUCGCCGUAUUUGUUCGUGUCUCCAGUUAUUCCAGAUUCUCCUCAGCCGGUAGAAAAAAAAGAACGAUCACCGAGUCCGAAGAAGGCAGCCGAGCCGGUUUCACACUCUCAUGUAAGUGAUCGAACCUGUUCCUGAUAUUCAGCCUGCAGGGUGAAGGGAGAGGACAUCUUGUUACUCCUUCAUUAGACUCUGAUGAAUCAUUCUCUGAUCAGCUGAUCGAUGUUUCUUCUUCCACUGAAUCUGCUGCAGGGAAACUCUGAGGCAAAGACCAGGAAGAGGAGACGAGUCCUGAAAUCCCGAACAUUCGUGGAUGAAGAAGGAUGCAUCGGUAAGUAGAGCAGACCUGUGACUAAAAACAUCAGGAAUCAUCAGGAGCGCUGCGCUGUAAUCAGAUUAGGAUGAAGUUUUAUCGUUAAACUCACAGUUUUGUUGCUCCAGUUUCCAUUUCUCCUCGUCGUUGAACGCUCAGUCACAGAGGUGAUCUUUUCCUCCCACAGUGACGGAGAAAGGCUACGAGAGCGAAUCCUACUCUGAAUCAGAAGAUAACUCCAAGACCGCCAAACAAGCUCCGAAAGAUCCCGCUCCUGCAAAACCGCCGAGUCACAAACAAGAGGAGAAGAAAAGUCAGAAAAAAUCUGCACUUAGUGCCAAUAAAGGAGGGAAACAAGCGUCUAUUAUGGGAUUUUUCCAGAAGAAGUGA